UCCACACUCAAAUCUUCGCUGCGUCGCAGACGUGUGGUUGGAAGGUGCAUUUAUUAUUUCUACGUCAAAAGUGAAGAUCGUUCAUCUGUUGAGUAAUAUUGCUAUUCAGACUCGAAACAUAUUGUUUGGGUAAUCAUAAGCUAUUAAUUGAAAAAUGAAGCAAGAAAACGGAGUGCAACAAAACGAAACGAAAUUUGAAAUUCCAUCCUGCAGUCCAGUGUCUUCUUCAUUCUUGGCAGGCUACACUUCAAACUUGGUGGCAUCCCCAAUCACAGUAUCAGCUGGAGAUGUUGCUCAAGGACAGAUCAUCUCGGCCAAUGGCCAGACAUAUUCUGUCAUGCCUCAGGCUGCAGUUCAGAUGCAGACCAUCACCAUUGAUGGCCAGGAAAUUCUCUACAUACCUUCUGGCAUGCAAGCAGCUCAAGCUCACCAGCAAAUGGCAGUGCAGCUGGGAGGUACAACACAGGCGCUACUUGCACCCAAUGGGCAGCUGAUGCGCGCCACGUCGGUGCCCUCCAUCAUACAGGGCACUGUGCAGCAGCAGCAGCAACAACAGCAGCAACAACAACAACAGCAGCAGCAAUUACAACAGCAGCAGUUACAGCAGCAACAGAUGCAGCAACUACAGCAACAGUUGCAGCUUCAGUUUCAACAACAACAACAGACUGUGGGCGCUGCUGGCCAAUUGGGAUCACAGAUCAUCCAGCUGGGAGUGGGAGGGAUGGGUCAGACCAUCCCCCUGCAGGUGCCCGUGUCAGGAGCUGGAGGAGGCAGUGUACUGCAAACUAUCCCCCUGCAGCUGCCCUUUGUGCAGAACAUGAUGGCUGGCACCACAGCCACCGCCCAGGGCAUCCAAGUCUUCCCACAACUAGCCCAGAUGUCACCACAGCCUCAGCUGGCGCACAUAGUUCUGCCUAACGGGCAGCUGCAGCAGGUGCAGAUCAUGGCGGCAGCAGCACCUGCUGGCCUCACCAGCGCUGCAGGAGUAGUUUCCUUUGGACAACUUGCUGGCGCUGGAGGCUUGGUGGCAACCAACAAUGGGGGUGUUGUGAGUGGCUCGACGGGGGCUGGGGUCACCUGGACCACCACAGCCUCCACGACUCCGUCACUGGGUGUGCCCGGAGGGUCGCCCUCGCAAGAGGAAAAGCCUCUUGAUGCUCUCGCUGCCACCACUGCAAGCGCCGUCCAGCAGCAGAUACUCACCAACGUGGCUGCUGCUCACGCGCAGGUGAACGGCGGCACUGGGCCUGGUGCCAGCAGUCAGGCAGCUCAGCAGCAGGUCGCUACUUCUGUUCCCCGUAAUACGUCAAACACCAGUCAACAACAGCAGCAACAGCAACAACAACAGCAGCAGCAGCAGCAACAACAACAACAACAGCAGCAGCAGCAGCAACAACAACAACAGCAGCAACAACAAGCGGCAGCCUUAGCAGCUCAGCAGCAAUUGGCGGCAGCGGCUGCAGGACAAGGCCUGCAGAUGCCGUCCCUGCAGGUGAUGCAGCCUGGGCAGCUCUUCCACCACAUCCCUGGCAUCGGACAUGUGCAAGUGGUGAGCGCGGCAAAUCUCUCUUCGCUGGCCGGAGGACUGCCCAUCUCCCUGGCAACACUGCAGCAGACGGCAGCUGCAGGCGCUCCCCCUGGCACCAUCUUGGCCGCCCAGCAGCCACAGCAGACGAGCAUCACCACUGCCGGCACGCCACUGCAGGGGCACUUGCUGCCAGGAGGCGCUCAGAUCAUAAGCCUGCCUGGUGAUGGUGUGGACGGAACCAGCAAGUGGGGAAUCUUCUCCCCCUCUGCCCAGCUGGUCUCCCCCCUCCCCACCGUUGCGAGCUCCCCGGUCACGACUAUCGCGCAGCAGCAGCAACAGCAACAACUCCUCGUCACCAACGUCGCCAACACUCUAGCGGGCGUGCCACAAGCAUCUGAUCCCCUCCAGUUGGAAGAAGAGCUUACUGAGCCGCGCACGCGUCUGAAGAGGGUGGCUUGCACUUGCCCCAACUGCCGCGACGGGGGCAUUAACAACGAACGCGGGGAGCCAAGCAGCAGCAACGGCCUGGGCUCGACCAAAAGACGUCAGCACAUCUGCCACAUCCCGGGCUGUAACAAAACUUACGGCAAGACUUCCCAUCUCAGAGCCCAUCUACGGUGGCAUGCUGGCGAUCGUCCCUUCGCCUGCUCCUGGAUGUUCUGCACUAAACGCUUCACGCGUUCUGACGAGCUGCAGAGACACAAACGCACGCACACCGGAGAGAAACGCUUCAAUUGUACAGAAUGUGACAAGAAAUUCAUGCGGUCCGAUCAUCUCUCCAAGCACAUCAAAACUCACUCAGCCAAGAAGUCUAGCGCACCUUCAGUGGUGGAAAGUUCCGACAGCAGCGGCCACUCAUCAGACAAUGACGGCGACAGCAAGAUGCUGAUCACGCUCCCUCCUGACGCCGGCGGUGACCCCCUCAGCAUUCCGGUCACUCUCGCUGAUGACGCAUCGUCCUCUCAGUGAACGUACCUCAAUUAAUAAAGCUUAUAUAUUUAAGUGUAGAAUAUCUUUUACGUCUCGAUGAUCUGCUCAAAUGUCGUGUAAAAAUUUUCGUUAGUUACAAGCAUUUGUGAAUGUAGAAUCUUGAUCAAUUCUUAAGCUUAUUCAAUUAUUCACUGGACAAAUAUUUGUUUAUGAUAAGACAAUACAAUAAGAACUUUUAUGAAUUGAAUUGAGUUUGUUAACUAAAUGCUAAUUAACAAGAAAACUAACUGUGCGUUGAAGUAACGUGUGAAAAAUUUUAACUGAGAGGUUGAAAUGUUGAUAUAUCAUUGUUACUUCGAAAAACACUUGCAGUUUUCCAGCAGUUUGCUAGAUUCUCUAGCCCCUAAUCACUACUUUUGAAUUUAAAGUGAAUUGCUGUAUUUUGGGGAGGUCUCACUGCCACGUGCGGGCGGCCUCACUGCCGCGUGAUAUGCUUUAUUGCGAUAGGGUACGCAUUAAAGUGUCAUUCAAAGGCAUGAGUUCGCUAUGCAUACAUUCGGUAUCCUGGUUGGUGAUGGGAGCUCCUGUCCCAAAUAUUAUAUUAGAAACAAACGCGUUGCACACGCUGCAUCACGACGCUUCGUUGGCAGCUGCUAUGGAAUCUUAUUUUCAUAUGUUAUUCAUGCGUGCUACGGCAAGGAAGAUCAUUCGAGUUCCCGCUGAAUAUUGUGUUAAAGGCAAGAAAUUUGCUUCAAUAUGCUGGUGUGAAAUGUGUGUAAAAUGUUCAUUUAAAAUUUGUGUACAGUGUUUUGUAAUUUUAUUCGGAUUGAAUCAAGUUUCGUUGGUCGUGUUUUACGUUUACAUCCAAUAAAUCCGUGUACUCUAGUCGUGCCCCAGGUGAUGUUACAGCGAACCGAACUUUGAGUUAGUUUUAUGAAUAUUCAUGCAAGAAUAUUAACACGGUUGUUGGUGGUCAUAGAUUCAGGUCUUUGUUGACUAUUCGAAGCUGACUUUGUUUCCGCGUUGCAUCCUUGAUCUCCGUAUGAUGUACACGCGUACAUUUUGAGGGUGAAGUGGACAAAGCUUCGAUCUGACAAACUCUGAUGUAAAUUGUGUGUUAGUUACCGGCGGUGCAGCUGGCGUCUCUACACAUUUCUAAUUAGAAAAAUCAAACGUAUAGUUAUGGAAGUUAUGACGAUUUUAACUCGUUUCGUCCGAAAAAGAACCUCCCAAGUUCUAUCUGUUUCUUUUGUGCGCAAAUCGCUAUUUUAUGUUAUUAUAAACAUUUUGUACAGAUUUUUCAUCUUCUACUGGCUAGGCCUAGUCUUGCUAUCAAGUCACGUGUACCUGAUCAACAUAUUCUUCACGAUAAAUAUCGUUGAAUUUAAAUGAUUUCAUUUG